AUGUUCCGACCACAAUUGAGACAGAUCUCUUUGCGCUGCGAACGGGCAAAACUGGGUCUUUCCACACCUGCUCGCCACUUCUCCUGCGCCCGUCCAGUGGCCGCAGAAGAACAGAAUCAGCCAUCCGACCAAAACAAAUCCAAUACUCGUCCUUCGACCACAUCCUCCCCCCGACCUCGCAAUGGCCCUCCAGCUCGCACCCAUCAACCCCGGUCUCGUCCUCCGCGGGUGAUUGAUGCACGCUCUUUUGCGGCGGCACGAGCUAGCGGUGGAGAGCAACCUAAGAUAAUUCGCAGCCCAAGAUUGCGCAACGUACGCAGUGGCAACCAACCCCAGAAUCGCAAGCCCAAACCGUCCGCCAAAGCGGGCAAGGGUAAACGAAAUGCCCGUUCGAGGAAUGCCAGAUCUCUCGAGAAUGAUGAUGGCGAAGAUGCCCAGGCGGCUGCCAUCGAUCAGAUUCAGCAAGAACAAAUCAUCAAGUCCCGGCCGACCCCCGUUCGCUAUGAGCCCCAGGAGAUCACCUACUCUCAUCUGAAAGAGACUUGGCCUUCAAUUCCUACGGACGUCAACUCUCGCUCGGCUGCCGUUUAUGAGAAGCUUUCCAGCCUGGGCGGUCGCAUCGCGAAUGGCUAUUUACCGCCUUACGAGCUUGGACGGCGUCUGUGGAAGGGCCAGAGCGUUCUGUUUAAUAGCGAGAAAGAGAAGGCUGAGGCUUUGGAAGAGACCAAGCGACUGGCUCAGCUUCGUGCGGACCGAAUUUCACAACGCAAGGGCGAUCUUGUGGAGCCUCGCAAUGUCGAAUUCAACUCCAUCGAUGCAGAGAGCACCAAAUCUCUGAUGGAAACAUUUGUUCAGGGAAAGUAUCCCACGUCCGUUGGUAAUGGGCAUGCUGUAUUGGAUGAGGUGACGAAGAACCUCAGGAACAAUGGGACCUUCCAAACAACCGGGAAGACCUCCCAGUUCAUGGCCAAGCUUGAAUCCCUUGUCUCUCCUGGCCGCACCUCCAAGAGUGCCUAG